AUGCACCUUCACGCUUUCUACAUCCUGAUGCUGGGAGUGUCACUGGUGAAAUCGACAGAUCCUGAAAUGUGCAGAUGUUUAAAAGGAAUACAGGGACCUCCAGGAAAAGCUGGACCUCCUGGCUCAAAUGGAGAUCAAGGACUGAAAGGGGAUCAAGGGCUGCAAGGAGAUCAAGGGCUGAAAGGAGAAAAAGGAGAUAGUGCAGAGUUUGAAGUUCUUAAAACCCAGAUUCGUGAUUUACAAGCAGAGCUGCAGGUUUUUAAGGAGACGACAAGUAAGAACCAUGCAGAUUUUCUAGAGGCUGCUUUCCCAAACUUCACCAUAAUAGGAAACAAAAAAAUUGCCUCUAAUGGAGCCGAAGCCAAUUAUGAAACUGCCAAAGCCACCUGCUCCAAGUUUGGGGGUCAGCUCGCCUCUCCGAGAAACGGGGAGGAAAACGCCGCCUUAGCAAAACUGGCGUCAAAACUUGGAAAACAUGCUUUUCUUGGGAUGACUGACAAGGAGACAGAAGGUAGAUUUAAGCACCUCAACGGGGACCAAAUGCAAUACUCACAGUGGGCAAAAGGCGAACCUAAUGGAGAACAAGAGGAUUGCAUAGAGUUAUACCUGGAUGGCCAGUGGAAUGAUGUGGCCUGCAAUAUAAUUCGAUUAAUCGUCUGUGAGUUUCAAUCCAACCAUCCUCCUCUAAACUUGUCGGGGUAG